AUGGCGGAAGCCGGGCGCAAGCGAAAGGUCGAGGACUUCCUCGAGUUGGAAGCAGAGGAGGUAGGCCAGGGAGAGGAGGAGCUGGAGGGCUCCGAGCUUGAUGAGCUCAUCGACGACUCUGGGGCUGCUAAAGAUGCUGGCAAGAGCCGCGCAGCCCUUCGAAGGAAAUUAAAUCGGGAUGACAAAGAGCUGGAGCAGCUCCAGAAAGAGGUGGCAGCACGCGAGCGUGGUCCUUUGACAGGCUCGGCUCGGCUCUUCAGCUCCGCGAAGCUGGAUCAGCUCGAGCAGAAGUACCAGGAGCUAGAAGAGAGAGCCAAGCGUGGCGAAGACAUCAAGCCUGAGUUCCCCUCGCAGGAAAGGGUUAGCCAGACUGUUCCCGUACCGGAGCCUGGCGAUCCAAAGCUAUGGUGCUUGAAAGUAUUUGCAUCAGAAAAAGAUCUCUGCCUCUCGCUCAUGUACAAGUCCUUUGAGGCAAUGUCGCACGGAACCCCUGUUCCAAUCUCUUCGAUUUUCUGCUCGCCACAUCUGAAGAACUUCAUUUACCUUGAAGCUCACAAAGAAGCAGAUGUUCGGGCGUUUACAAAGGGAAUUCGAGGCAUUUCUCAAUACACUGGGCUUUCGCUGGUCCCCACAGACCAAAUGGCUCUGGUGUUCUCAGCCGCGCACAACCACGCACAGAAAACGCAGAUGCUACGCGCUGGAGACUGGGUGCGCAUGAAGCGCGGUCUGUAUAUGGGCGACCUGGCCAUGAUCGAGGAGAUUGAGGAUGAGAAUUUCAUGGUGAAGCUGAAGCCACGAAUAGGUCGGUCUGGUGGGAAAUCAGGCAAAAGAGCACCCCCGGCCUGGUUCAAUCGAGCAGAUCUGGAAGCCAGGCAAGAAGUCAUAGUAAACACGGAGCCACGGCGGACCCAGAAGGGGUACAGACAGUUCUACACUGUCAAUGGGGAAGCCUACCGAGAUGGCUUCUUGUUCAAGAGCUUCAGAAGAGGAUGGUUUGACUCCGGUGAUCAGGUUCGGCCAUCGGAACAUGAGGUCCAGGACUGGCGCAAUGCUCCAGCCAUCUCUGCAAACGUCCGACCGGAACUGGAUCUGCCCAAGGACGAAAAACUGGAGAGGGAAGCGAUGCCUCCGCCCCCCUUGCCCGCCAAGGUGUUGGCUCCGUCUGGGCCGUCUCUGAGGGAAGGCGACAAGGUCAUCGUAAUCUCGGGUGAUGUGAAGAACCUCAUCGGCCUUGUCACAAAUGCUGUGUCAGGUUCGACCACGGUGCUCAUCAGGGCGAUCAACCUAAAGUUAGACCAAGACAUGUCCAUCUCCACAGUGAGAUUGUGCAAAUAUCUUGAAGUGGGAGAUUAUGUCAAUGUGAUCGCGGGAGAACACAAAGGAGACGCUGGCCACGUGGAGCGAGUUGACUUGGGCCCCAACCGCGAAUGGGGCCCACAUACCGUCGUGCAAGUUCUCACCAGCGACUUCUCCUCCUUCAGGGCGAGUAUCAAUGAUCUGCGCAAAGGCAUCGAGAAGCCCGAGACAACGGACCAAAUUGGCGAGUUCCACGUUGGCCAGCUGGUUAUGGUGGCAGGGCGGUCCGAGGGCCGGGCCAUCAUCACGCGCCUGGAGGCUGGGUCGCGCGCCUUGGUUCUUGGCCAGGAUGGUGUGCAAGGCUAUGCAGAUCUGGCAGAGCUGCAGCCAGUAGAACUGCCAAAGAGGCAUCUUUACAAGAAACAGGUUUGGUGCGAGGACCGCAUCAAGCACAGAAUCGUCCCAGGCGCAAUGGUGAAGGCUCCUCGAACACUCAGCGGUAGGGCCACGCCUAUUCAAGCCGAAGUGCUGUGGAUACACCAGAACACGCUUUUCUUGAAGGCGGUGGAAGGCCUCGUGGGCGAGAAAGCCUACCUUGUCGCGCCCGGCGACAAGUGUGAAUUCGUUUGGAACGCAGAUGAUCUGCCUUCUAGACGGCCGCAGCAAAUUAUGAGAUUGCCUGAGAUGUCUGGUUCAGACGUCCAGCCGAAGCAGAUGACAUAUGGGAUCACGAUGGCUUCAGAAAUGUCGUUUUUGAGGCCACAGUGGCACAAACAGCUUGGCCUGGCACAGCCGGCGAGCCGAACAAAGGGUACCUUCCUGAACAAGGGGACUGCUGUCCGGAUCACUGGUGGGAAGUACAAAGGCUAUCGAGGAGAGAUCCGCGACCUGCUUGGGGAGAAAGCGAGGAUUUCCUUGCUGGCUCAGACGAAGCUCGUGGAAGUUCCGUUGGAACACGUAAACCACGACACCUUCACCGCGGAAAAAUAUGUCCGAUGGCCAGGCUCGCAGCCGAAAACGCCUUGGUCCGAGCCAAUGCCGGCACCUGCCAGAAACGGAGCUUCCAACGGAGAUUUGCUGCCAGGGCAGAUCGCCGAUGUCAGCGACAACUUACCCACUGAAGAGCAGGCCUGGGAUCCGAUGUGGUUAGCAUCGGGUGAAUCAGAGGGGCAACGAACUCCGGGGACCCCACAGACGCCCGUGAACAUCGUGAAUCUCGUCAAUCGUGAUAAUGGUGAAACUCGUGAUGCCGAUGGCGAUGGUCCUUCGGCUGCUGGCACGCCCAGCUCUCCAGGCACGCCUCAGCCACCUUCGGUACACUCAUUGCCCUCGGUGACAUCUUCGCGGAAGCGAGCAGCACGCUUGCCGAAGCACUUGCUCUCCGGAGCUGCUAAUGCCUCCUAG